CUUGCGCUGUUCCUUACAGCAAUUUUGGGGUAAUCCACAUUGGUAACGAAUGUAGUCUACCAGGGACAAUGAUAUCAGACACUUUCAAACAAACAAGCUGACUGCAAACUAUUGGACUUCCAAGUUUAAGUUUCAUAUAACUCUCACAGCUGGUUGAUUGGGAAAUCCUAUCGCAUAGACCAUGCCUCAUCACUACAGCUUGCAGAUCCUAAGCUUGCUUUUUACCAUCUUGUGCUCCACCACCCAAGCAGACUUAGAAACGAAAAUAUCCCCCUCGAUUUUCUACGUUGGGCUGUCCCAGUCUCUGACUGUCGAAUGCUUUUACAGCAGUGAGAAUGCUUCCACUUGGACAUCCCUGGUAUCAUUGUCUCUGCACCAUUCCAACAGUAGCAGCGACCCCAAAUAUAAAGAAAUAGUAACCUUCAGCAGCUUUGACUCACAGAUUCAUAGAUACAUGUCGCACAAGUCUGACUUUCAAGUUUCUGGGGCCUUAAAUAAUGCAGCCGGGUCUUUCUUGCGCAUCAAGUGGGACUUCCCGAAACUCAACAGAACCGGUGCGUACAAGUGCGAAGCCAUUGGACUCAAUCGAACGGGGAAACCCGAAGCAUCGUACAGCAUUUCGCUCGUCUCAAGCGCGCAUCCGACUCUCGAACUGGUUUUGGAUGAGUUUAAACUUUUAGCUGCCCAAGUGGAUCAGCAGGUGUCAGAAAAGAAUGAAAAAGACGCGAUCCUCGCUGAACUCCAGCAGAAGGUCAAAUAUCUUUUUGCUAACGUGGACUAUCUUCAGAACGAAUUGAAAUCAAUGAGACAGGCAGACAGUCAUUCGUUCUGCCUCUCUAGAGCGAUCUUGAAGCUGCUCCGACAGAUUCUGCAUAUGGUUAACUCUUUCACGCUGAGUGCAUUGUCAGCUCUAGAAUCUUUUCUAAAGAAACCAUAAUUAACAUGAAUGCUAAUUGCAAACUGAAACUAUCAUACUAUACACUACUAUUGCACUGAGGGCUAAAUAGUAGCUAUAUUUCGUUGUACGAUCGGUAUAUACUAUAGGUGACUGUUUACUUCAAUAAAUCAAGUGAAAAAACUACAAGUUGGCGAUAACAACUGAUAAGGUUUAUUUGUAAACACAAGAGGAUUUAUUAAUAUUACCCUGUUUUCAAAAAAUUCCUUGCAAUGAAUUGACUAAAUCUAGAAGCCAGUUAAGUGUCUUUGUUAAUAGCCACAAUAUGAAUCUCAAGGAAUUAUAAACUUAGGGUUUGGGAGGUAUAUACAACCAGAUUGCCGUUACAGCUUUUAAUCUUUAUUUCAUUAAGAAAUAUUUCGCAUCACA